GCUGGGCUCGCGCGAUCCACACACGAGCGCUAUGCGGCUGCGGACAGCUCGCGACAGCAGCGGCUCUCUGGCGUUUGAGGUUUGUCAAAAGCAAGAUCUGCAAGUUGAGCUUCCAGUGCAGAAGAUGACACAGAGUAAAUAAGCUGUCACCUUAAAGGUCAUUCAUUUUCCUGUGCAACAAUUAUGCUGCCAAAAGAGCAACACAGUGAUGGCAAGGCUGCCAAAACCUCCUGCUCUGAACAAAAAGUCAAGGCCAUGAAGGAGGAAAAGAGGGAGGUUGUUUAUGUGGAUCCACCAGAUGGCGGUUGGGGUUGGAUGGUGGUUCUGCAUUGUUUCCUGGUGAACGUGUUGGUAAUGGGUACGUUGAAGAGCUUUGGGAUCUUCUUUGUGGCACUGCAGGAUGAGUUUGGAGGCUCGUCCGAGAGCAUCAGCUGGAUUGGAUCCAUCAUGUCCAGCCUCAGGCUCUCUGGAGGUCCUCUGGCCUCGGUGGCCUGUGCCAAGCUGGGGAACAGGGUUACCUCCAUAGUGGGGGCGCUUUUUGUCAGCGCCGGCUUUAUCACCAGCAUAUUUGCCACCAGCGUGAUCUACCUUUACCUUAGCAUGGGGAUAGUUGUUGGUCUCGGGUUUGCUCUUCUUUAUCAGGCCACAUCUGUUGUAACAGUGACCUAUUUCCAAAAGAGGCUGGCAACUGCAUAUUCUAUUGGCCGCUCUGGCAUGGGUUUGACCUUUGCCCUCGCUCCUUUCACUCAGCUGCUUUUGGAUCAGUAUGCUUGGCAGGGAGCUCUUUUGAUUUUGGGAGGCCUGAUGCUGAACCUGGUGGCUUCUGGGAUGCUUUUGCGGCCCAUUAAUGUUAGACCUCCAGCUUCUCCCUUGUCAAACUCCACCCUUCAUAAUGCUGGAUCUGAGAAAGACCCUCUUAAGAACCAUAUAAAUGGCAACACAUCUAUAUCCAAUGGCACUUCCAGAAUGGACCGCUCACCUCCCAUUCACAGGGACACACUUAUAAUAGAGAACCCCGUUCAUGAACAGAAUACUCUCCCACAUCUGGAACUAAAAAAAUCCAUCCAGAAUGGGGUGAAUGGUACAGACGGCAGCCAAAUGAAAACUUCCCCCGAGAUGAAUGGGGUUUCUCCUGUGGAUUCGUUACUUGAGAACAGCAGAACAGAAAAUCUUCCUGAAAACCCCAAAAAAGUGCUGGACUUCUCACUGUUGAAGAACCCUUUCUUUUGCAUCUACACUUGGUCGCUGGUCUUCAGUCAGCUGGCAUAUUUUAUACCUUACUUCCAUUUAUCUGCAAGGGCCCGGAACCUGGGCAUCGACCCUAUGGAUGCUUCCUUCAUCAUCUCUGUGGCUGGUAUAACAGAGACGGUGGCCCAACUUGCAUCUGGCUGGGUGACAGACAGGAAUCUGGUUCACAAGUAUCACUACCAUAAGGCCUACCUGAUCCUGUGUGGUGUGGUCAAUCUUCUCUCCCCUCUGGCCACCUCAUAUAUCUUGCUCAUGGUCUAUGUUGUCUUCUUUGCCAUCUUCUGUGGGGGGUACAUGGCUCUCCUACUUCCUGUGCUGUUUCGUCCCAAAGGCUUCCUGUACGACUACACUCAGACUUACGACUGCUCCUUCUACCUGGCAGGUGUGUGUUAUCUGUUAUCAUCAGUUUCUCUUUUCCUCGAGCCUCUGGCGAGGCGCUGGCAAGCCCGAAAGAAGCGGCUAGAGACGCUAAACCAAGAAUUGAUGUGGAGUAAGGGCUGUUUCUGCCCGGCGCCUCAGAGGAAUGGUGUUGUAUAAUAAAGGACUAAACUCAAAGCCAUUUUACUUUCCACCCUGUCAU